UAUCCAAAAAUACUGAAUGAUGAAAUCGUUGGUGAAGAAGCGACAACGUUAUUCGCCGAUGCACAAAAAAUGUUGAAACAAAUUGUUGAUGAAAAAUGGUUAUCAGCAAGGGCUGUUAUCGGUUUCUUCCCUGCGAAUAGUGUCGGUGAUGAUAUUGAAGUGUACGCCGAUGAUGAUAGAGAAGAAGUGAGAGCGAUGCUGCACCAUCUACGUCAACAAAUGGCGAAACCGUCAGAUCGUCCUAAUAGCUGUAUCUCUGAUUUUGUUGCACCGAAAGAUUCAGGCAAACAGGAUUAUGUUGGUGCUUUUGCAGUGACGGCAG